CCGCCUCUCCAGCUGUGGCUGUCUGACGUGGCAGAGCUCGUUCCCAUCGGUGCUGCUCCCUGCGCUGCCGGGUCCGCUGGAAGUUGGCGAACUAUUACCGUGGAAGGCUGGCACGACACGUCACGGGACGGAGCGGACAGGUGAGCUCCAGACAGAUCCUUUGAAAGAACUCUGCUGCUAAUGAAAGUAUAAUCAAAAUGAGUCAACAAGGGUAUGUUGCACCUCCUCCAUAUUCUCAGCCACAACCAGGGCUAGGAGGUUAUCCUCCAGGGUUUGGAACACCUGUCAUGUCUCCUACCUAUGGGCACUAUGGUGGCGCAAGUCCUACUUCUCCUCCAUCCCAACCAACUGCAUUGAAAUCUGCUGCGCCAUAUGGAACUCCUGGCCCUCUGAACGCUCCACCUCCAACUCAAAAUAAUUUACACAAUGGACCGAAUUUCUCAGGAAACUUCAUGCAAAGAUUGCCAGGGCCUCCACCAGGAGCUACACCCACAAGUAAUGCAUCUCCUUCAUAUCCACCUUAUGGCCAUUCUUCACCCCUCACAAACAAUGGUCCUCCUCCCCCUGUUCAUCAGAUGACCAACCAGCUCAACAAUAUGCAAAUAGGGGGCUAUGGGCAUCCUGGAUCCGGUAGUUCUCAGAUGCCUUUAGGGCCAGGAAUGCAAGGACCUUACACCAGUCAAUCUCAUCUGCCGGCUCCUGGCCCACUUGCUCCUGGCCCACAUGUUCCUCCAGGACCAACUAACAACAUCAACGGGUUACCUUCUGAACCCCGCUUGCCUCCAACAAGCAUGCAGGAUGGUAUCGCUGGUCAUCACAAUUUUCAGUCACAAAUUCCAGGCCAACCUCCAAACCUUGGAUAUUCCCUACAAAACUCAGGCAACUAUGGUGCGCAGUUACCAGGCCCACCAAUGUCAUACCCUGGUGCAUUUCCUGGUAGCCAGCAGCAAAUGUCUGGGCCACCUCAAAAGAAGCUGGAUCCAGACUCCAUCCCUAGCCCCAUACAAGUGAUUGACGGCGAUAAAGUCAGCAGAGCCGGCCAGGUGUACACUACGAAUGUCAGAGGACAAGUACCACCUCUUGUCACCACCGACUGUACAAUACAAGAUCAAGGUAAUGCCAGCCCACGUUAUAUUAGAUGCACAACAUAUUGCUUUCCUACGUCCUCUGAUAUGGCCAAGCAGGCUCAGAUUCCACUGGCAGCCGUCAUCAAGCCUUUAGCUGUGGUUCCCCAAAAUGAGACACCGCUUUACCUUGUGAACCAUGGAGAGACCGGCCCGAUCCGAUGUAACCGCUGUAAAGCUUAUAUGUGCCCAUUCAUGCAGUUCAUUGAAGGUGGAAGACGAUACCAGUGUGGAUUCUGCAACUGUGUCAAUGAUGUUCCUCCGUUCUACUUUCAACAUCUGGACCACAUUGGCAGGAGAGUCGACUACUAUGAAAGGCCGGAACUAUCUCUUGGAUCUUAUGAAUACGUUGCUUCAUUGGAUUAUUGCAGAAAAAAUAAACCGCCAAUUGCACCUGCCUACAUCUUCAUGAUCGACGUCUCCUAUAAUAACGUGAAGAAUGGGGUUGUCAGACUGAUUUGUGAAGAGCUCAAGACUCUGCUGGAUAGACUUCCAAGUGAGGACAACGCGGAAUCAUCUGCUAUUCGCGUCGGAUUUGUCACUUACAACAAAGUUCUGCACUUCUACAAUGUGAACAGUAAUCUGGCACAGCCGCAGAUGAUGGUGGUUACAGACAUGGCUGAAGUUUUCCUCCCUUUGCUCGAUGGCUUUCUUGUCAACUUUAAGGAAUCAAGAUCUGUGAUCCACAACUUAUUGGGUCAGAUUCCAGAAAUGUUUGCAGACACAAAUGAAAGUGAAACUGUCUUUGCUCCUGUUAUCCAGGCUGGCAUUGAGGCAUUAAAGGCAGCGGACUGCGCAGGAAAGCUGUUCAUCUUCCAUUCAUCGCUGCCAACUGCCGAAGCCCCGGGAAAACUGAAGAACAGAGACGACAGAAAAUUGAUCAACACAGACAAGGAAAAGACACUUUUCAUGCCUCAGAACAAUGUUUAUGAGCACCUGGCCAAAGACUGUGUGGCUGCUGGGUGCUGCGUCGAUCUAUUUCUUUUCCCCAAUCAGUAUGCCGACGUGGCUUCCAUGGGUCUUGUGACCAUGCUCACCGGAGGAACGAUGUACAAGUACAAUCACUUUCAGGUGCACACUGAUGGUCCGCAAUUUAUAAACGAUCUCAGGAAGGACAUUGAGAAACAAAUUGGAUUUGAUGCCAUCAUGAGAGUUCGAACAAGUACCGGCUUCAGACCAACAGACUUCUUUGGUGGGAUCUUUAUGAAUAAUACUACUGAUGUUGAAAUGGCUGCCGUGGACUGUGACAAAGCUGUGACAGUGGAGUUUAAACACGAUGACAAACUUAGUGAGGACACAGGGGCUUUAAUCCAGUGUGCCCUGUUGUACACGACAAUAAACGGCCAAAGACGUCUGCUUGUACACAACAUUAGUCUGAAUUGCAGUUCCCAGAUGGCGGAUAUCUAUAAGAGCUGCGAGACAGACGCCCUCAUCAAUUUCUUUGCUAAAUCAGCUUACAAAGCAAUACUGCAUCACCCAUUGAAGACAGUGCGGGAUGUGCUGGUCAGUCAGACAGCACACAUACUGGCGUGUUACCGAAAGAACUGUGCCAGCCCGUCAGCCGUCAGUCAGCUUAUCCUCCCAGAUUCAAUGAAGGUGCUCCCCGUCUACAUGAACUGUUUGUUAAAGAAUGACGUGCUGAUCGGAAGCCCAGAGGUUCCCACCGACGAGCGAGCAUUUCAGAGACAGCUGGUCAUGUCAAUGGAUGUAGCCAGUACUCAGCUCUUCUUCUACCCAUUGCUUCUUCCAAUUCAUACGAUGGACACAAAGAGCGAUGCUGCCCCGGCAGCAGUGCGCUGCUCAGAGGAACGGCUGUCUGAAGGAGGAAUGUUCCUGUUAGCCAACGGAAUAUGUAUGUUCUUGUGGCUGGGGGUCAGCUCUCCUCCUGAAUUCAUCCAAGGAAUCUUCAAUGUCCCUUCAUUUGCACACAUCACACCAGAAGCAACAUUACUUCCUGAAGUGGACAGCCCUCAUUCUAAGAAACUGCGCUCAAUUAUUGAAAACAUCCAGAACAAAUGUGAACACUCUAUGAAGCUCGUCAUAGUGAAGCAGAAGGAUAAGGCAGAGAUGCCGUUCCGCCAGCUCCUCGUAGAAGAUAAAAGUCUGUUAGGAGGAGCCUCUUACAUGGAUUUCCUCUGUUGUGUUCACAAGGAAAUACGUCAGCUUCUCAGCUAAAGAAGUGCAGAUUCCUUUGAAGAUGUCCGUAUAUAUAUUUCUAUUUCCGAGUUGUUUCUUCAAGUCUACCCACCCUUUUAGUGCCCCAGCCUGCUUGUUUAUAUCACUGCCUGCCUUUCACAUGACGUUCCUUCAGCUGGUUCUUAAUUUCUUGCUUUAGAAGACCUCAACAUUUUCAGUAGGUAGUCCAUUUGUUGCGUACGGAGCAGGAGUAACUAAAAUGGACGUGGCCUAAUAAAAAUUUCAAUGUUCUUAAAUAUUUUCUGUAAUUUUACUAAGAAAGUUUGGUUACUUUUUUUUAACUGUUCUUUACCUGGUGCUUUCUUUAAUCCACAUACCCUGUGAACCAUAAAUAUGCUGCAUCCCCAUCAUACAGAAAUAUAUGAACCGACUAUGUCUUAACUAUGGCGGGUUGCAUCAGCAUCCAGAAAUGGCUACCGAUUUAAUGAUAAUACACGAGGAUUGAUCAUUGGAUGAGUUCCCUUGACGGUAGUAUUUAUGCGUUGGAUGUAUUUUAGAGACAAAAUAAAACAUAUCCAGGAAUUAAA